UUAUGUGUGAAUUCCACAUUGUAAUUACUCAUCAGGAGGGCAAAGGAAAAGGAGAGCUGGGACGCUGUGGGGACUUCGUUUUGCUUCUUACACUAUAUAUGUAAUAAACAAAAAGAAGAGUGACCCAACAUAUCAUACUUUGAUCCAAAGUCAUCUCUGAACUGUGAGUGAAGAUGAGUUCCCACCCUACCGUCGAGCAUAUCUCCCAAUGGUUCAUCAAACCCCACCUUCCGCCCAAUGACUCUAAGCCCAUCUGCCAUCUCUCUCCGUGGGAUGUUCUUAUGCUGUCUAUUCAAUACAUUCAGAAAGGCCUCCUCUUCCUCAAGCCUUCUCCUCCUCACAAUCCUCCCUUUUCCAUCGAUUCUCUUCUCGGCCGCCUCAAGCACUCUCUUUCUCUCACCCUCCUCCAUUUUUAUCCCCUCACCGGUCGCCUGGUCACGGCUCGUCCCCCUUCCUACUCCGUCUUUGUCGAUUGCGACAACAGCGAGGGAGCUAGAUUCAUCUACGCCAAAUUAGACAUGACCGUCUCCGAUAUCCUCUCCCCCAUCGAUGUCCCCGCUGUAGUUCAAUCGUUCUUUGACCAUGACAGGGCGGUCAACCACGACGGCCACAGCUUACCUUUGUUGUCCGUUCAGGUCACUGAAUUGACAGACGGCGUUUUCAUUGGCUGUUCCAUGAACCAUUGCCUCGCCGACGGCAAUUCCUUUUGGAGAUUCUUCAGCGCGUGGUCUGAAAUCUUUCGAGCACAAGGUGAUAACUAUGGCAGCGACGAUGUUUGCAUUCCCAUCUCACACCCACCGAUUCACAAUCGGUGGUUCCCGGCGGGUUGUGUUCCCCCAAUCAAUCUCCCCUUCAAACAUCACGAGGAGUUCAUAAGCAGAUUCGAAGCACCCCCUCUUAGGGAAAGAAUAUUCCAUUUCACGGCCGAGUCUAUUGCGAAACUGAAAGCAAAGGCCAACCAAGAGUCCAACACCACUGAAAUAUCGUCCUUCCAAUCAUUAUCAGCACUCGUCUGGAGGUGCAUAACACGCGCGCGGAGUCCCUCCCGUGAUCAGAGAACAAUCUGCAGUGUGGCGGCAGAUAACAGAUCAAGAAUGGAACCGCCUUUGCCAGAAGAGUAUUUCGGGAACUCUGUUAGCACGGUGGCUGCGGAAACGACGUUAGGGGAGUUGCUAGAGCACGACCUUGGAUGGGCGGCGUGGAAGAUACACGUGGCUGUCGCGAACCACAACGACAAAGCGGUGCGUGAGCUUAUGAAGAAGUGGUUGGAGAGUCCGACGGUGUUUCAACCGGAUCGGUUCUUUGACCCGUACGGCGUGAUGAUCAGUAGCUCACCCAGAUUCGACAUGUAUGGUAACGAAUUCGGAAUGGGGAAAGCGGUGGGUGUUCGAAGUGGUUAUGCCAACAUGUUUGAUGGGAAAGUGAUGUCAUAUCCGGGUCGUGAAGGAGGGGGAAGAAUAGAUUUGGAGAUAUGUCUUUCGCCGGCUACGAUGACGGCGCUGGAAUCUGAUGACGAGUUUGUGAAUUCUGUGUCUCUACAAAGUGUUUCGGCAUUUGGGUCUGUUUGAUGUUAAAAGACAGGCUUUCAAGUAAUAGUGGGGGUUGGGUUCUAUCUACUUGUGGACCAUCUGUUAAAGCGUAUGAAAACACUUAUAACCACAUUUUAUAUAAGUUGAAAUAAAAUACCUCCAAUAUA